UUUUUUAAGUUAAAAUUUUUCUUUUUUAAGUAGUAUAAAAAAUUUUUCUUCGAAGGAAUGAAAUAAAAGGAGACUAAAAAAGCUUCAUUUGUAUCUCUUUGUCUCAAGUUCUGGAUCUAUUGUUUCUUUUGUCUUACGAUCUUUACUCUUUCAUGGCUUCUUCUUCUUCUUCUUCUUCUUCUUCUUCUUCUUCUUUUUUGUCCUCCUCUCUUCGACCAGAGCAUCAAGUUUUUCUGAGCUUCAGAGGUGAAGACACUCGCCGUACCUUCACCAGUCAUCUACUCAAAGCUUUGAAAGACCGUGGAAUCAACGUUUUCUUCGAUGAAGAAAAACUGAAAAAGGGAGAGAAACUUUCUCCAGCACUGUUGCAAGCAAUAGCAGAAUCACAGAUAGCAAUAAUUAUUUUAUCUAAAGGAUAUGCUGCUUCUUCAUGGUGCUUGAGAGAACUCUCUGAGAUCAUGGAAUGGUCUACUAAGGGACAGCUUGUGCUGCCCAUUUUCUACCAUAUUGACCCGUCCCAUGUGCGAAAACGUGGUGGAAAUUUUAAAAAAUCUUUCGAUAAGCAUCAAAGAAAGAAGCCGGCAGAUGACGUAAAGCGGUGGAAAGGUGCUUUCGCUAAAGUAGGAGAACUAGAUGGUUGGCAUAUAGUGGGAAACUCCUCUAACAAAUCUGAACCUGAAUACAUAGAGGAAAUCGUUCAAAAAGUUAUAGAGACUUUGAAUAGCAAGUCUCCUAGUGAUUAUGAAGAAUUGGUUGGGAUAGAUGAUCAGAAGGCGAAAAUUUUAUCUUUGCUACGUACUCAUCGAGCAAUAGGAAUUUGUGGAAUGGGAGGUAUAGGCAAAACAACUCUUGCUGAAGCUGUUUAUAAUGAAGUCUCCUCUGGGUUUGAUGAUCAUUACUUUCUUCAGAAUGUUCGUGAAAAAAUUGCAAAACAAGGAAUCGAAUCUGUACGAGAUGAAUUUCUUUGUAGAGUAUUAAACCAAAAAACCCAAAUAGACACUCCCUUUAUAUCAUCCAAUGUGAUAAAAGAAAGGCUCCGCAGGAGAAGAGUACUUGUUGUCCUUGAUGAUGUUGACCAUUUAGAUCAAAUAGAACGCUUGGGUGUUAAACAUUUUGGUCCUGGAAGUAAAAUCAUUGUAACAUCCAGAGAUAAACAAGUAUUAAGAAAUGGAGUUGAUCAAAUACAUGUGGUAACGACGUUAAAUGAGGAUUACUCUCUUAAACUCUUUUCCAAAUAUGCCUUUAAGCAAGAGAAUCCUGUUGCUGAUUUUCGGGAUCUAUCAAAUAUGGUAGCAAAGUAUGCUAGAGGCCUUCCACUUGCUCUUAAAGUUUUGGGUGCUGCACUAUAUCGAAAGCAUAAAGGAGAUUGGGUAAGUAAAUUGGGUAAGCUAAAGAAUUAUCCGGUAGAAGAAGUUGUUGAUAAUUUGAAGAUUAGUUUUGAUGGACUGGAUAAAGUGGAAAGGAAUAUAUUUCUUGAUGUUGUAUGUUUUUUUAAAGGGGAAAGCAGAGAGCAUGUAACAAAAAUACUGGAUAGUUGGUAUAAAGGAGCUGCACGAUAUGCAAUAACCGAUCUGGUUGACAAGUGCCUACUUGAUACAUCUGAAGAGAUUCUUUGGAUGCAUGAUUUGCUACAAGAAAUGGGUUGGAAUAUCGUUUUCGAAGAGUCGGAUGAUCCUAGAAAACGCAGUAGGUUAUGGAGACGUGAAGAUGUUAGUCUCGUGUUAAAAGAUGACAAGGUGACAGAUUCAGUUAAAGGGAUAUCCUGUGCAAUAGAUAAACCUCUACAAUUUUGUCCUGCUGCUUUUAAAAAGAUGACUAAUCUUCGAUUUAUCAAGCUCUAUCCUGUUUGCAUUAAUUUAGCACAUCUCUUCUCUGACGAUUGGGUUUUCAACCACGAUCCGGGAUUUCUUUCUGAUGAGCUAUGCUACCUUCAUUGGGAUUGUUAUCCGUUUAAAUCUUUGGGAUCAAACUUUUGUCCAAAGAACCUUGUCGAAUUAAGAUUACAGCAUGGCGAAAUCGAACUACUUUGGAGUGGAGACCAGAUUCUGGAAAAUUUAAGAGUGCUUGACCUCAACUGCUGCUUUAAGUUACGCGAGAUCCCAAAUCUCUCAUCAGCCAUAAACCUUGAGGAAUUAGUGUGUGACUGCUGCUUCAAUCUGGUUGAACUUCCUAGCUUGAAACGUUUGACGUCUCUUAAACGGCUACGUUUAUCAUAUUGUCGAAAUCUCAAAAAGUUUCCUGAGUUUCCAAGUCAUUUCAAUGAAUUAGAUUUAACUAGCACUGGGAUUGAAGAAGUACCCGAUUCAAUCGGCGAUCUCCUACAACUUAGAAGGUUAUCUUUGAGUUGCUCAAGCAAUCUUUCUAAGUUGGAAUCUCUUGCUGAUCUAGAUCUCCUUGAAUGCCAAAUCACUGAAUUUCCAGCAAUUCCCAGAAAUCUUUCAAAAUUAUGUGUGGCUGGGACUCGAGUAGAAGGAGUGCCAUCAUCUAUCAGGUGUCUAGAUAAACUUCAAGUUUUAAAUAUGAGGAGCACAAGGAUUCAAAAUCUUCCAAGUAGUAUUGUUGAGUUGGAUGCUCUUAAAGUUAUUUACCUCUCUGAUUGCACCAGCAUCACCAACUUUCCCAAUUUUCCAGAGAAGAUAGAAGAAAUAUAUAUGGACAACACUUCAAUUGAAGAAGUUUCCUCGUCAUCAAUCUCUAGGCUUAAAAGCCUUAAAAAAUUGGAAGUGAAAAGAUGUCAGAGACUUAAAUCAUUGCUAGGGCUCCCACCAUUUCUACAAGAAAUAGAAGCAGGUGGUUGCACGUCAUUACAAACAGUUUCGUUCACGGAACAAUAUCAAAUUACUUUCCCCCAACAUGACUUGUUUGUAUUUGAUAGUUUCUCCAAACCGAAACGACAUGACUCAAUUGUAUUCGAAAAUUGCGUCAAACUGAAUCGAGAUGCAAUCAACAACAUUGUGGCUAAUACACUGCUUAGGAUUGAGUGCAUUACAAAGCAAUUGGUAGAGAGAUCGACAGUGGAAUUGGCAAAGGAGCUGGUAGAGGAGGAGCACUACGAUUGGAAAGUUAAUGACAAAAGGAAAGCUUAUGAAACAAGUUACUGCAAAGUGAAAUUGUUUUGUUUUUUACAUGGAUGUCAAAUUUUAAAACAGUUCCAGCAUCAGAGCAGGGAUUCAUCAAUAGCUGUGGAGCUAGAUCCAGAUAAAAGUAGUAGUGGAUUAUUGGGGUUUGCUUUAUGCGUUGUUGUGAACAGUCAUGAAAUGGGACUGCCUCCGAGUUUUUCGUGCAAAUGCCAACUGAAAACCACAAGCGGUGAUUGUCAUACUUUCUUUCAUAACGGUAGUCCUCCAUCGUUCCCACGUAAGAAUUAUCAUGAAGGCGGCGAUCAUGCACAGUUCAUUGUCUUUGAUCACAAUAUGCUACACGAAGCCAUGCCUUAUGUGGAGGCAUCAUUUCAAUUUCAAUCUGGCGCCCAACUGGAUUGCGUUGGUGUUCGUGUAUUCUACAUGGAUGCAGACAUAAUCCGGCGAAAGGUCCAGCUUUCUGAUGAUGCUGAAUCCAGUGAAAUUUUCCAGACUGAAGAAGAUACUGGGCAGACAAGAUGUUUUGGCUCUGACUCUGAGGAAGAUCAAAGAAAUUUUAACCCUGAUAAUGGACAUGAACCAGAGCCGAAAAGAUUAAAAUAUUUUCUCUCCUUUGAUCGAGGGCCUACAAAUGAUGCUGCAAAAGGUAUUCUCCCUAUGUGAGGGAAAAGUGAAGCAAGAGGAUGCUUCAAGUUGAACAAAUCCGAGGCUAAUGCCUAAGAUGGCUGAUUUUGAAGGCAAGGCAACAACAUCAGACUCCAUUGCAAGGAAACUGAUUUUGAGCCCAUCUUGGAGGAUGAAAUUUUUCGGUUUGACUGGUCCGCAAACGAUAAAGAUAGCGCAUAUCUCUACUUUUUGAGUGCAUUUUGGGAUAGUAGAUUGUCAAACGGUUCUUACACUACACUGAUUUUUUUUUUUUUUUGUUUUUUGUAAAUAUAGCCUUUGCAAAUCCUUGAACUUUGGUUAUUCAGCAUAUUAUGUUUUCACUUUGAUGGUGCACUUUUCUAAUAGAAUUCGAGAUAUAUAUUAUGUAUGAAUUAUUUUUUUAGAUAAUUGAAAUGAUGGAUUUUGUUUGAAAUAAAUUUUUUGAUUCUUUAUUAAAGCAUGUAUACAAACAAAUUCUCGUCAAGGCACAUCCAAAGUAGGAUCCACUGUCACCGAGGACAGAUUCUACCGGAAAAAGGUUUUUGUCGUCCUUGAUGAUGUUAGUGAUUCGGAGUAACUCGAAACUAUUAGUCAUGAUCACUGGGAUUCUGAAAGUAGAAUCAUUGUAACAUCUAGAAAUAAACUAAGUCCUUAAGAAUG